AUGCAAAACGAAAGACUUAAUAGUAAUAGUAACGAAUUAGUUAGUGAAAGUUUACUUAGGACUAAAAUAGAUAAGAAAGAUAAGAAAAGUUUAGGAUUAGUUAGUAGUACUGAAACAAGUACAAAUAACAGUAGGGGAGUCUAUUUAGCCAGUAGAAUAGCAGCUGGAGAAGUAGUUUAUCCCUAUGACUUUAAAGAGACGAUGAGUAUUAGUGCUAUCUUAAGUUGGGUUAGUAGUUUAGAGAUAAGUAUGGAGAAGGAAAAGGAGAUGGGAAUCUUAAGUCAGCAAGAAGUAAAGACUGGAGGUCGAGUUAUAGCUAUUAGAUCUAUUGGGAAGAUAACCUUUAUUAAGAUAGAAUCAAUGGGAAUGAGUAUCCAAGUCAUCAGAAAAGAGAAAGUCAGAGAUAUUUACAGGGGUGAUAUUUUAGGAGUGAGUGGAUCUUUAGGGUACAGUAAUAAGGGUGAGUUAAGUAUUAUGGCUAGUGAAUUACGUGUACUUUCACCUUGUGUUCAUACUUAUCCUACUGAACAUUAUGGAUUGAAAGAUACGGAGUUGUGUUAUCGGCAGAGAUAUUUAGACUUGGUUUUGAACAAAGUAAGUUUAGAGAGGUUUAUCGUUCGUAAUAAGGUGGUGAAGUAUAUUAGGUCGUUUUUAGAUCAAAGAGGAUUCUUAGAAGUAGAGACACCGAUGAUGCAAGUAGUGGCGGGUGGAGCAGCAGCCAAACCAUUCAAGACUUUACUGAACGAAAUGGGGUUGGAUUUGAACAUGAGAAUUUCACCGGAAUUGUUCUUGAAGACUUUAUUGGUUGGCGGGAUUCCUCGGGUUUAUGAGUUGGGUCGGCAAUUCCGGAAUGAAGGAAUUGAUGCAACGCAUAAUCCUGAGUUUACUACUUGUGAGUUUUACAUGGCCUAUGCUGAUUAUAAUGAUGUCUUGCACUUAACGGAAGAAAUGAUAGUAGGAAUGGUUGAGAGUUUAUUUGGGAGUCGGCAGGUGAAGUACUUGGUGGAAGGUCGAGAAGGGAAAGAGGCUAUGGAAGUAUCUUUGGAUUUCAGUACGCCAUUUAAGUGCAUAGAUAUUCUAUCGGGACUAAGUGCUGAAUUGGGCGUGGAAAUUACAGGGGAAAUCUUGGAGCAGGAAGAGGGUCGGAUCUUAUUGGACAGGUUAUGCACUGAACGGGGAGUGAUGUGUCGGGCGCCAAGGACUACUGCUCGGUUACUGGAUAAGUUAGUAGGUGAGUAUUUGGAGAGUAAGUGUGUGAAUCCGACGUUUUUGAUGAACCAUCCCAAGAUUAUGUCACCGUUAGCUAAAGAGCAUCGGAGUAGGAAGGGAGUGACGGAAAGGUUUGAGUUAUUUAUGCUGGGUAAGGAAGUCUGUAAUGCGUAUACGGAGUUGAAUGAUCCAUUUGAUCAACGGCAAAGGUUUGAGCAGCAGGCCCGGGAUAAAUCAGCGGGUGAUGAGGAAGCGCAAGAGAUUGAUGAGGACUUCUGUACGGCAUUGGAGUAUGGUAUGCCGCCGGCGGGUGGCUGGGGGAUUGGUAUUGACCGACUAGUAAUGAUGCUAACUGGAGCACCUAAUAUUCGGGAUGUGCUUUUCUUCCCUACUAUGCGACCGAAGUAG